AUGCAGCGCGGAGUUUGUGGCCGGCUCACCUCAGCGCUGCGGGGGACACGUGCACAGCCGCCCGCGGUCGCCCAGAGGUGUGUGCACGCGUCGGUGUCGCGGCCAUCCCCAGACCAGAGUGAGCGGACGUGGGAACCACCCCGCGCCUUCGACCCAGCACUGCUGGAGUUCCUGGUGUGCCCGCUCUCCAAGAAGCCGCUCCGAUAUGAAGCAUCGACAAAUGAAUUGAUUAACGAAGGGUUAGGAAUAGCCUAUCCAAUUAUUGAUGGGAUUCCUAAUAUGAUACCACAGGCAGCUAGGAUGACACAUCAAAAUAAGAAGCAAGAAGAAAUGGAGCAGCAUUAG